CUCAUUUCUUCUUUUGGCUUCAGAUCAGUCUGAGUUUUCCAUCGGUCCGGGUAACUAGUGGAGUGUGGUGCUAUUUGGGAAGUGUAAGUGCUCAGUGUUUUUAGUCUUUUGAGGAAAUUCAUCAUAUAUUUUUGGAUUAACUUUGAAAGUACUGAUAAAUUUCGGUAGAAAAUAAAGACGAUGAAGUGGAGCCUGCUCCAAAUUUUUGGGCUAUUAGCCCUUGUCUGCCUCGCCUAUGGUGAUGACCCAGAUGUUGACAUACCAGAUGAUCUAAACUUCGACGAUUUGGAAGAGUUGGAAGACGAUGAGGCUCUAUUGCGCGAAGUCGAGGAGAAGCAUAUGGAAGUGGACAUUGACCGCGAAAAUGAGAUCGCCCGGGAUGUAGCCAUGGCUUUCAAUAAGAUUAAUCCUCGAGUCGAAGUUGAUCCAUGCACCAAGGUCCACUGUGGAGCUGGUCGCGUUUGCCAAGCUGACGGAAACAAAGCAUCUUGCGUUUGCAUCCCAGAUUGUCCAGUUGAAGCCGACCCCCGACGACGAGUCUGCACCAACAUUAAUGAAACCUGGUCCUCCGAUUGCGAAGUCUACAGGCAAAGAUGCUUAUGCGAUACCAAAGACCCUACCUGUAAGAAUCAAAAAUUGAAGCACAUCCACAUUGACUAUUAUGGCGAAUGCAAACAAUUGCCAGAAUGCACUGAGGACGAGAUGAAUGACUUCCCACGUCGUAUGCGUGAUUGGCUCUUCAACGUCAUGCGUGAUUUGGCCGAACGCAGCGAAUUGUCUGACUAUUACAUGCAAAUGGAAUUAGAAGCGGAAACAAACAUGACCAAACGUUGGGCCAAUGCUGCCGUCUGGAAAUGGUGCGAUUUGGAUGGAAAUCCUCCAGAUCGUUCAGUAUCACGUCACGAACUUUUCCCUAUUCGUGCUCCACUUGUUUCUCUGGAACAUUGCAUUGCUCCCUUCUUGGAAUCAUGUGACAAAGAUGAUAAUCAUCGAAUUACACUAAAAGAAUGGGGCAAUUGCUUGGAAUUGGACGAGGACGAAAUGUUGGAGCGUUGCGAUGACAUCAUUAAGCCUAGCACAACCACUCCGCAUCCUUGAACUUCGUACCAGGGAAGCAGCCAAGCUCAACUGAGCUUUAUGUUUUAAGAAUUUUCUGUUACUUAUUAACCAAAGCAAUGCACAUUUUUUUUCGUUUAUAAUGUAGAUGGCUUUAUGUAAAAUGUAAAAUACAGUUUAUCAAAUAUACCUUGGUGUUCAAUAUA